CAUAAUUUUCCUUUACUCUGAUGAACUCAAUCUCUCGCACACAGUAACCAAUUAUACCGCUUGCUUUAAUAAAUUGCAAUGUAAUUUGGCAUUUUCUUUCUUUUAACCGCAAUGGCGAAAGAGCUUCUGCAACUUCCUCUGCAGCUGCAGCUGCUGCUUCUCCAACAACGCGGUCGUUUUGCACUCACUCUGCCAAUGUCGAAGCCUGCAUUCUCAGAUUCGUCUCUUCCCUCAACCUUUUGAAUCCCUUUCAUCCACUGAACUUGUUCUUAUCCCAACUCAGGAGAGGGAAAUCUUUUCCCAAUUGAUGACAUGGAGCAGUAUGACAUCCUUGAGCAAAUUGGAAAAGGUGCUUUUGGUUCUGCACUUCUCGUGAAGCAUAAACAUGAGAAGAAAAAAUAUGUACUGAAGAAGAUUCGCCUUGCCCGCCAAACUGAGCGCUCACGUAGAUCUGCACACCAGGAGAUGGAGCUCCUGUCCAAAUUGAGAAACCCAUUUAUUGUGGAGUAUAAAGAUUCAUGGGUAGAAAAGGGUUGCUAUGUGUGCAUUAUUAUAGGUUAUUGUGAGGGUGGAGACAUGGCGGAAGCUAUAAAGAAAGCUAGUGGCGUAAUGUUUCCGGAGGAGAAACUGUGUAAGUGGCUUGUUCAACUUCUUAUGGCACUUGAUUACUUGCACAUGAACCAUAUUCUUCAUCGUGAUGUCAAGUGUUCAAAUAUAUUCUUGACAAAAGAUCAUGACAUACGUCUUGGUGAUUUUGGACUUGCCAAAAUGUUGACUUCAGAUGAUCUUACUUCCUCUGUUGUAGGAACUCCUAGCUACAUGUGCCCUGAGCUCCUUGCUGACAUACCUUAUGGUUCUAAAUCAGAUAUUUGGUCCUUGGGAUGUUGUGUAUAUGAAAUGGCCUCACUUAAGCCUGCAUUCAAAGCAUUUGAUAUACAAGCCCUGAUUAACAAGAUUAACAAGUCAAUAGUGGCCCCGCUGCCAACAAAAUAUUCUGGUGCAUUUCGAGGUCUUGUUAAAAGCAUGCUGAGGAAAAACCCAGAGCUUAGGCCUAGUGCUGCUGAACUACUUGGGCACCCACAUCUUCAACCUUAUGUUCUUAAGAUCCAUCUCAAAAUCAAUAGUCCCAGGCGAAGUACAUUGCCAGGUCAUUGGUCAGAAUCAAACUACAUGAAGCAAACGAGAUUUUUGAAGCCAGAAGAUGAUCCUGUUUCCAUUUCUGGGGACAAGUGGCAUUCUUUCAGCAAUGAUCGGACUUUAAAUCCUAAUGUAUCUGGAGUAGAGCAAGAUUCUUUAUGCUCUACACUCGAAAUAGAUUGUACAACUCCUGAUCAUCUGAAUCAAAGAUUAGCUGAACUGUCUGUUGGAGACAGCCAUGAUGCGAAAUCAAUUCCUAAGCCAGCUGUUUCCAGAACUUCUACUAAUGCCAAAACUCCAAGACUCACUCCAUCAAAAACUUCUGCUGCUCCCAAGAAAUUGAUGGAACCCUCAAAGAACCAUAAGGCGCUUUCACACAAUACAAACCAACCUGUCCAUACAACUCGCAGAGCAUCAUUGCCGUUGCCGAGAAGUGGUGCCAUUCAGCAACCUCCUCGCAGACCCCGUGCUGGUUUACUUGGCCAUGUAAAUUCGCCAAAUAUUUCAGUUAACUCUCCCCGAAUUGAUAGGAUUGCUGAAUUCCCAUUAGCAUCCUAUGAAGAUCAAUUGUUUCCCAUCAAUAGAUCUUCACUAACCUCAGCACAGGGUUCCUCAGGCUCCCCUCCUUGUGGCAAUGAUUCAACCUUGAUAGACAAAUGCACAGUUAAAAUAUGUGACACUUGGCAGGGAAUCAAGCGCAGCAUGUUCAAGGAAAACGAUGAGGACAAAAGUGUCUCAUCGAAUCAAAAUGCGAUUGCUGGAGCAUCAAGCCAUAACUCUUCAGACUUGCACCGCAGACAGUUUGAUACUACGUCUUUCCAACAAAGGGCUGAGGCCUUAGAGGGGUUGCUUGAAUUUAGUGCAAGAUUACUGCAGCAGGAAAGGUACAGAGAACUUGCAGUUUUGUUAAAACCAUUUGGGCCAGGGAAAGCUUCCCCGCGGGAAACUGCUAUUUGGUUGAGCAAGAGUUUCAAAGAAAACACUUUCAACCGGGAAUAAUCCACCUAAACUGCUGCAAUUUCUCACGUUUGUAGAGUUCGGU